ACAACCCAUAGAUGAGAAUUAGGUUAAACCCGGUUCGCUUAUAGAUGAGAGUCGGCUUAAACCGGUGCGACCCAGAGAACAUUGCAUUGAUGUUCGAUUACUCUUGAUUGCUCGGAAUUCUUCUCAAUCCCCAGUUUAUUUCAGUUGGAAAUGGAUAUUUAUGCAACCAAUCCUGGACCAAUUGAUGAGUCUGUAUUGUAUGAUCAAGAUAAACAUGUUUCAUCUGCAGUUUGGGAGGGGCAGGAGCGUGGUGCACUUAGAUGUCAUGAACACACUUCAAAGCUUGAUCAGUGGACACUCACAUCAAAACAGGUUGAAUUGGUAAAGAAGGCUGGAUUUGACUACUUAAGAUUGAUACCAGCAAUUAGUUUAGAUAACCCACUCAUAUCUGCAUUGGUUGAGAGGUGGAGGAGGGAAACUAAUACUUUCCAUUUCACUGUUGGGGAAAUGACAAUAACUCUUGAAGAUGUUGCAUACUUGCUUGGACUAACGAUUGAUGGUGAACCUGUUAUAGGUGUAACAUAUACCACCUGUGACGCAAUCUGUGUGAAGUAUUUAGGGAAAGCACCGGACACUAGGCACACAAGUGGGGGGAUGGUGAAGCUUAGUUGGUUGAAAGAGACCUUCUCUCAGUGUCCUGAGGAUGCACCAACUGAAAAUAUUGAGCGCCAUACACGUGCAUAUCUUCUUUACCUCGUUGGUAGCACAAUAUUUUCUACUACCACGGGUAACAAAGUCCCUGUCAUGUACCUCCCGUUGUUUGAGAAUUUCGACCAAGCUGGGAAGUAUGCCUGGGGUGCAGCUACAUUGUCAUUCUUGUACAGAGCUCUUGGCAAUGCUUCCCUUAGAUCUCAGAGCACCAUUAGUGGCUGUUUAACAAUGCUACAGUGUUGGAGUUACUGUCACCUGAAUGUUGGUCGACCAAAGUUUAAUCAUGACCCAAUCCAUGAUCAAUUUCCAUUUGUACUUAGAUGGAAAGGAAAACAGAGUGGUCCAACAACAAACCGUGAUGUAGCCUUUUAUCGUAAAGCAUUGGAUGCCUUAAAGCCAUCUGAUGUUGAGUGGUGUCCUUACACAAAUAUUAAUCGUAAUCUUAUACCUGAAGAAAUCAAACACAAUCUAAUUCUUGGAAGGUCAAAGACAAUGUUGAUUUGUUAUGACAAAGCAGAGAGACACCUCCCUGAUCGUUGCCUCAGACAAUGUGGCAUGCAACAACCAAUCCCAGAAAAUGUGCCACAGUGGGAGAGGAAGAGCCGUGGGGUCGAUGGGGGGGUGGAUUUGGCAGGAAAGAUGGAAUCAGAGCUUAAUGAAUGGUCAGAUCGUCGUCUUCAUAUUGUGGAGGGUGAUGAAGAUGUUGGGGGUGAUGAAGAUGUGGAUGACAGUGACUACAUGCAGUGGUACUUGAGAAUUACAAGGAAGUGGGUGGGAAGGCCAUUACCUAUCUCAUCUGAGUUUCAGAGAAUGAAUGCUGCGUUGAGGGACAUUGCACAUUUAGCAGAUACACUUUCUACACACGGGAUGGAUGAGCAGCAGAUAUACUCUGUUACAAGAAUCAGGGAUAUUGUGCAUGAAUGUUUGAGGGACGAGAUUGAAAAUUCAAUAGUAGUGGCAGCCAACCCACAAAAUGAACUUGGAAAAAGAGUAAGGGGAAAAGAGAGGGUAAGAAGGAAGUGUACGGAGAAGCGUAAGCAGAGGGAUGAUUCAGAGGAAUGUGUUGUCGCAUCUGUUGAACUCAUUGCUAUCGGGGUUGAUAACUCGAGGCUAUGUCAUGUAGAUUGCGAGUUUGAUCAUUCCCAGAUAUAUCGUCCUUUUAGCAUUAUUGAUGACUCUCAGUUUCGCCAUACAGGUGAUGAAGUUGAUCACAACCAACUUUCCCACACAGCGAGGGAGUGUGAGGUUGUUCCACAGUCAUCUGUUGAAACUGGCAUGGAUAGUCAGUAGAAUGAUUGUAGUUUCUAGUUUAGAUUAUGAAGACAACCGCUAGAUUUUGUAGAGUUUUUUCUUUCAGGUUUAUUGCAAGAGGUUGUUGAAGAUUAACGUCGUCAAUGCUUGUGAAAUGUGGCUGAGAUUUGCAGGAGUGGCUAGAGAACCAAAGCUCUUCCACUGUGACCUUGAUUGUAAUUUAUCUGCCAACUGACAUUGAGCAAGUCGGGUUAGCUAUUGUCCUUGCAUAUUUGAUGUUGUAUUGCUAGUUUUUCUUCAUAUAGAGACGACUUUAUAUAAUGGGAACAUUUUAAAAAUCUGGAUAUGUAUUCUGCAUUAUUAAAUCAUUCUGUAAAGUUAUUUAAAGAAUUUUUGUGGAUGCUAUGCUCUUCAACAACUCAGCUUCUCAAGCAUUAUUGACGUUAAAGCAUUUUCUGAA